UUGACUGUUAUAACAUCAAGCGUGAUAGAAAUAUUUCUCUCGCAGUCUAAGAAAUAGAGGAAGGAACGGACGGUAGACUCAGGAAAAACAUUCAGGUCUGUUUUCAAAAUCAGGCAAAUAAGGAAAGGAGAAACAACAGAAAGGAGGACUAAUUAACUUAUGACUUCUGAGAGCUGUGGACAUUUUUGCUUAACAACUGGAGAGAUUUCAAAAUCAGAAUAAAUGCGACUCAACAUGUAGAUGUUUUGCAGGUUUCUGGUUAAAUUCCCCCCUCUUUUUCCCCCACAACUGAAUAUUUUACCCUGCACGCCAGCGAAGACCAGUCUAAAUGUAUUUGGAGAAAUCUGAGGGAUGCGUCUGAGAGAAAGAUGCAGAGCAGAGAAUUCUGACAUGGUGCCGACCCAAAUUGACAGAGACGAGGAAAGAGUGGACUGUUCAGUGGCAGACACGUCUCCAACCAGACACAGGUAUUCUCUACUCGAUACUAAGAUCAGUCAAGACAUUGAUCUAUGCUAACUGAAACAAUUUUGUAUUCUGAGCUUGUGUUUGUAAGUCCUCUUGGAUGUGUGAUACACUGACAUUGUAAUAAUAAAUAGUUGUUUCAUUUGAAACCUGACUCAGCUGAUUUACACUUGUAUUAUUGUAUUGCAAAAUCAGCAGUGGCAACCAGUAAUUUGCUUUGUUAGAAUAUAACUGUUUAAUGUGCAAAGCAAUACCUUGCAUCUUCAGCACAUGAUCAGAUUUAUGUGGAGGUAAAUCAUUUCUCCAAAAUGUAGAAAUAAAAUAAGUGAUAUAUAAAGAGCAUACUGUCUUUGUAAAUAAUAACUCAGCCAAUCUGCAAACUAUGGAUGUUUAUUAAUAUUUUAAAUAUGAUUUAGAAAUGUGCGUCAUUAAUGGUGUUCUUGAUUUAGACCAACAGAUUUACUGAAAGCCAUAUGACAAACUACUUAACUAUAACAAGCCAUAACCAUCUUACACAGUAAUCCUGAGAGUUUUUCAAAGCAGUGCUGUGCUUAGUAUCGACAAGAAUCCUGUGCUUCUGAGGAGGAGACAUUUUGCCUGUCCGAGACAGAAAAGAGGAGCAUCAGGACAACGACAGACAACAGACAUAUGAGUGCUUCCUAAAUCAAAGUGAGAGAGGGGUCGCCUCCUGUCAGAUACACAAGAAGAGACAAAGACAGGAUGAGGGGAUACAAUGAAUCCACAGCUCAAGCUGAUUAUUGAUUGUUACUAAAACUGAAUGCUUUACCUACCUGGACGACAGACUCGUCAGACUUGUGUCGGAGGGGAAAACAGACAGUAACCUCCACUAAAAGAAGGAGGGAGAACCGGCAGUAGCCAAUAUAGAGAAGGAGUAGGGGGCAAGUUCCCUUUCUCUCUCUCGACCCAUCUCGUCGUCAGGCUGGCUGGGACAGCCAUGGCGUUCACCUUUGCGGCCUUCUGCUACAUGCUCACCUUGGUGCUGUGCGCGGCUCUCAUCUUCUUCGUCAUAUGGCAGAUCAUUGCGUUUGAUGAGCUUCGCACAGACUUCAAAAACCCCAUUGAUCAGAGUAAUCCCACAAGAGCGAGAGAAAGGAUCCUCAACAUUGAAAGAAUCUGCAACCUGCUUCGCAAAUUGGUGGUACCGGAGUACUCCAUCCAUGGGCUCUUCUGCCUGAUGUUCAUGUGUGCUGGAGAGUGGGUCACACUUGGCCUGAAUAUCCCGCUGCUCUUCUACCAUCUGUGGAGGUUUUUGCAUCGGCCAGCUGAUGGGUCAGAGGUCAUGUAUGAUCCUGUCAGUGUGAUGAAUGCCGACAUUCUCAAUUAUUGCCAGAAGGAGUCCUGGUGCAAGCUGGGCUUUUAUCUGCUUUCUUUCUUCUAUUAUCUCUACAGUAUGGUCUACGCCUUGGUGAGCUUCUAACAGGCAGGAGAUCUGGAGAAAGAAAAGGAAGUAUAUGUAUGAAAGACACAGAGGAACAAAUGGAGACAUCAGCUCUUCCUCUCUUCAUGUAUCCUUCCAUCACUGGCUUCUUGGGUUUUCAACAAUCUAACCUUGGACAAAACAAGAGGACCAAUCUGAGAGAUAUUAUGAAUGUAAAGGUGUUGCCUCCGCUCCAUCAUUGCUUUAUCCAAUAUACUGCUGUCGGAUGGCUGGACAAAUCUUUGAAGGACUGAAAGGAAACAGAAGGAGGACGUGUAUUGCCUUUGACCCAUUAUACGAAUUAACAAUACAUUUCUGAAGGGCUGGACUUUUCCCAUGCUGCUCUUAAUGAUCCAGUCGCUCAACUCACUGUGAAUCUCCAAACACUUAGGGGCUGGAAAACUAAAUACUACAACUAAAUGUACUAAAAGCAGGAUUGUAUUGGUAUCAUUCCAUGUAUUCCAGACAACAGACACCUGUAAUAUCAAACCACUGCUUUGAUUGUGUUACAGGUACAUUAAACUGUAGGAAACUGGUUAAAUUGUACAGGAGAGCCUUAAAGCACUGUAAGCAAUGCAGAAGGCCUGGCAGGGAAAUAACAGAUUGGUGUGUGCACAGACACUUUUAACCAGGAUGGAGACAGACCAACACAACAUCUCCUUGAUGCCAGCCUGCAACAAAAACAACAAGCUAUCAUCAUAAGUUUGACUUCGAGGGUCAAUGCUUGUAAUGUGCAUUCAAAAUAAGUAGGUCCAUAGCUGUAAGGAUGUAUUUUAUGCUACAUGCUAUAAGUUCAUGCUUUCCAAAGAGCGUAAUGCUCAGACAUAUAAUGCCAAAAGUUUAUAUCUAAAAGACAUUGUGCCAAAUUAAGAAGUCAGUUAGGAGGAGUGAAAAGAAAUCGCUUAUAGUGUCUUCAUCUACAUGCUAAGGCACUGUCAGGCCUUGGCUUUAUUUUCACUUUCUUUAAGACACAUUUGAUUUUGGCACACUGUUUUUUUCUUGAAAAAAUAGAAAGGAAAAAAAAUGUAGUUCUGUUGUAUUUUUUAGUGUGCAGGGAGCGCCUUAUUUCUAUUCCCAGUGAAGUUUACUCUUACUCAUCUUCAUCUAUACUAUAGUCAUUUUAGCACAGCAACUUUUCUCUGAUCUGAGGUAGAAUCUAGAAAUCUCAUGUACAAAAAGCAAUUAAAAACUAGCAAUGUAAUAUGAUUCAUGAGACAUAUCGAUGAAGUGUUAUUCCGUGUAUGUAAUAACAGUGAGUGGGAGAUGAGACAUUGAUGACUCUAUGUUUCCGUUAUUUCAGACGUGUAAAGAUGGUGAAGUCAUCUCAAUACGUCUACAAUCAUACAGUUUCACAAGGGACAGAUGUAAGAUGUGAAAUGUUGCUGAUGACCAAGAUUUGUAAACAGCAAAGCCUUUCCUCAGCUGGUGCUGCCUUUGCUAUCAUGUGUUCAGUAGUUUGAACUAUUUGUAGAUAAUUGAUGGUUUAAAUGUGUGAUUUUAACAACAGUAGAAAAACAGAAAUGAGCCUGAGAAUCAACAAUCUGCGAUGUUUGUCAUACGCAGACUCCACGUGUAGACAAUGGUGGUGAUAACGCGUUUGGUCUAUAUACUGUGGGACCCACUUAGGAAAAAAAUGUCUUGAAUACCACAGCCUAUUGAAGUAGUUUAAAUUAUGUCAAUGAUUUACAUUGAAAAUGGUAGUUGCGUCUCUGAUCCAUGAUGACCAGUAAUCUUCUUAUAAUUCUUUUUUUUUUCUCCAUUAUUUUCAUAAACAAGUAAAAUAACUUCUGGAAAAUGAAAUACAGAACACAAUAGUAAAUAUUAUUGUAUUAAUUUACUACACAAAUACAUUUGCUGUACAUUUUGCGUAUGUUAGUAUAUUUAUAAAAGGUUUAACCACCUUUAUAGAUACUAAUAUUAAUUAAAUAGCAAUACCUAGGAUGAGGCUGACAAAUUUCUAUUUUUAAUCAUAGUCAACAAAUCCCAUGAAAAGACUAAAACCAACAAUGUCUCAAUAUUUGCGACUUUCCUUUACAGUCUGUGGCAUUCAGCCCCAAGAACAUUAGUUUCUAGUGAAGAUGUAAAUCUUCAAAAACAUGAUACAAAUAUAUUCCUUCAUUUUUAAAACAGGCUAAAUCAUUUCCCAGCACAGCUGAGCACUGUUGAUUUUAUCAAAUGUCACUCCAACAAGAGUAAAUAGUGAAUUUCUUGGGGACUAUUUUGACCAGAGGAUUAAUUCACAUUUGCAGCAGUAUUUUCAGCAGCAGAAUGUUUAUGUGUAUGUGGGAUCGAUCCAGAAUAAACUACAGAGCCCAUGUUAAUCGUAAUGAAGGGAUAUUUUACCCAGGUAACAGUGUCACUCACUGAUAUACGUUAUUAUUUUCUCCUACUGUGUUUAUUGUUAUGCAUCAAAAUGCCAAAGCAAAUUCCUUGUAUGUGAAAUCGUACUUGGCAAUUAACCCGCUGCUGAUUCUUUAAUAGUUAGAAGCUCUGUGGCAGAGAGGAAUAAGCUAGAUCAAGCUUUUGCUGUAUGGGCAUUGCUGGUUUUAGUCCUUUUUUGUUGACAAUAAGAAAAAUGCAGAAUAUCACUUCUCUUAUCCUUUAAACACAAUCCAAAACAGAAUAUUUUCCAGUUUAAAAAACAUCCUGCGUCCUGCAACAAUAUGUCCAAUGACUUUUUGAUUGCUAUAGAAUGCCACCAAUUAAGAACUUCUGCAGUAGAGCUUCACCACACACACACACACGCACGCACGCACGCACGCACGCACGCACGCACGCACGCACGCACACACACACACACACACACACACACACACACAAGCACCUCUUGUGUCAAUCAGUCUAUUUCAUGUCAUUUUGGUACUAAUAAAGGGUUUAGAGGGAGCAACUCAAGCCGUUUGUAUGAUUUGAAUUUCAACCAAAUUGCAAGAUUUACUAGACUGAAGCAACUUUAAUAUUCUGUCAAUGUUCUUGAAGACACACAGCAGACAGACAGUGCAUGUUGUGCCAAAUAAUGUUCCCACUGAAGUAAUCACAGGACAGGACACCUCAAAACUCUGCCAACAAUGUGAGUGUUUUGAGUCUGGACAAUCACUAUUAAAGCACAGGAACACCAGGAAAGGAGGAGAGCUUGGUUUGAAGUUAUUAUGUAGUUGCUCUAAACAAAGCAUUUUAGAAAACUGUAUUUAAGUAUCUAUUUGUAUCUGUCUUUUAUACAUUUAUCAUCAAUGUGCGCUACAGUAAAUUUGGUGGAUUACUUUAUAUUUAUUAGGUUACACUAUGAUGUACAGUUAAUGAACUGUGAUUCUCAUGCCAUAUUCUAAUAAAACGGUAACUCCAAAAUGA